UAACGUUAGCGUUUGGCGGCGUGUUACGGCAACGCACCAGUAGGCAUUUGGAGGGUCCGCCCACCACGUUCACAGGCUGAUACGGAGGGAAUCGCCAGCAUCGUGGUACAUCAUCUCCAGCAAGGUGACUGGUGCUGUCGCACAGGAUUUCUUCGUGGGUGGUAAAUACCGUCAGUGACCGGGAAUAUUUAAUUUUUUUCAAGGUUCGAGGAUUUAAUUGUCAGUGACUUCCUCAUUCUCUGUUGAGCUGUGUUGCAGUCCCACACAUCAAACUGGGUCAACCACAAACAGUCAGAAUGUUUGGAGCAGUGGUGGUUGGCAUCGGCAGAGUAGGGUUGGUGAGGAUAAGAGACAUGUUGGCUCCACUGCCUGGCAGUUCUGCAGAGAACAUCACUGUCAAAGGAUUCAUUUCCAGGAGAAGCCUGGACACUCAGCAGGGAGUGCCUCAGAUUUCAGUAGAGGAGGCUGUGAACAGAGAAGACAUUCAGGUGGCAUUCAUCUGCACUGAGAAUGUGUCUCAUGAGGACAGUAUCAGAGCUUUUCUGCAUGCAGGGAAACAUGUCUGUGUUGAGUAUCCCAUGGCCAUGAGCUACAAGGCUGCUGUGGAGCUCUGGGAUUUAGCCCAGGAAAAAGGAGUGAUUCUUCAUGAGGAACACAUAGAGCUGCUGACAGAAGAAUACAAGGAACUGAAGAGAGCAGUAGAGGGAAAAACCCUGCAGGAAGGUACUCUUCAUUUUACAGGUGAAGUUCUGAAGACUGGAUUUGGUUUCCCGGCAUUUAGCGGCAUUGCUCGCCUCACCUGGUUGGUUGAGUUGUUUGGUAAACUGUCUGCAACUGCAGCAACCUUGGAGGAGGACUCUGGAAACGGCUACAGCAAGUUGACUGCAAAGCUGCUAACGUCUGACAACAGACUUCUGACAUGGAUCGAGGAACGGGGACCAGGCUGCCCAAGAGCCAAGAACAUCAACUUUCAGUUUGACUCUUGCUCUCUCACAAAGAUCCCUCCUGCACCUGCAGGGGCUGUGGGCCUCUUCAUGCAGGACCUGAUCCACUUCUCUGCCAAGCUGUCACAGCAAGUAAGUCCUGAGGAGCUCCAGAGAGAGAAACUCAGGAUCCUACACUGCCUUGAACUGGCAGAGAGGAUACAGUUACUCUGCCAACAUUAAACUUCAUCACACCAGAGAUUAUUACUAUUCAAAUGCUGAGUCAUUAAGCAGAAUAACACAAAGUAGCGUGAUCAGCACAUUUAGGCAGGGGUACCUGUAUAUCUACAAGGAGCCUUAAGCUGGGCAGGUCUCAAGGCUACAUUUACUGUUUCAUUGAGACCCCAAGUGUUACCUUGAUUAGACAACUGCCUUAUAUUUAAUAUUUUUGAUUUUUUUUUUUUUUUCAUCAUAUGUUGCCUUGACAUUCUAAAUAAAACCACUUGGCACCACUGACUGACUUACUGGAGAAAUUCACAACAUCAGCGAUGGCUGAAAAAGCACCAGUUCUGCUAUUUCCAGUUACAACCUACACAGUUAAGCAACUGAACAAAAACUGAAAAAGGACUAGCGCAACAUUACUAAAAACAACCUGCAAAGUUGUUAGCACAAUAAUUAUUUGUUAUGGCUAACUUCACAACAGAAUUCAAACAUGUAAAGUUGCUCUGAUAAUGAGAAGCUUAAUGUCAAAUUCUACUGCUAAAUAAAUAAAUGAUGUUAUUCACUUUACUGAAUCUAAUAACCCAGGUGCUGAUGUAAAUAAAAACAGUCAUUGACUAUGCCUUUUAUUUCUCA